AUGGCAGUUCGGUAAUCGGUACUACAUUAUCUUAACGACCAUUAACUAGUAACUACAAUCUGAAUCAAUACCUCUCUAAUAACUACCUUUCUACCUCUUACAUACACCUACUACCUACCAGUUAUACCAGUGACCCAGGUAAAUACCAAGCCCCUACCUACGCCAGGCCUACCCACCUAUCUAUCGACCUAGAUUACGCUACCUUUUUCUGAGUCUCAAGUUGUAAUAGUUAACCCAAUUGCCAUACCGAAUCCAAAUCCAGUUCUUCUCCUUGUUUCUUAUUUGCGAUUCCAAUUCUUAUUCUUCUUCUUAUUCUUGCGCCAUUCGACCGCCGACACUUUUACCUCUUGUCGCCCAAAUUUGCAUAGUUCCGAUAUACAGACUGUCCGACCACUGAGGCCCAUCACCGUUUUAAAACCAACUAUAGAAUAUUCCAUUCAUCCUCGAGAACCUGCGCGUGUUGCGAUUUAUACCUGCUUCCGGCUAGUACGGGGGCUCGUUCGUUCCUUAUGUCAUGACGCGAGCAGUCAAUCGGCCGGUGGAUAAUGGCCCUGACCACACCAGCCCUGAAGCCGAUAUACUCGCUGCAUUAUGGCUGCAAGUCCCUUUUCCAAGGCUGCCUAUUGAUGCCCCAUUCGAAAUCAAGGAACUCGUCGUGAACGUUGAAAACCCAAAGAGGGUUUAUGCUAUUCAUCGCGCCAGCCGUCGCCACGGUCUCCAAUUACUAGUUGAGAAAUUCGUUUUCCAACUCCGAUACGGUUGUGGCUCCAACGCUUGUACUACUCCCUCGUGUUUCAGUUGCAGAAAGCGACUAUCUGGCAAAGCUCCUGUUCGUCGAUACAAUCCUAUCAGUGCGAGAACCUUGGCCGUAUACCUAGCAAAUCAAGAUGACGCCGAUAGUCGACUGUGUCCCCAUCUCCAACUCCCAGCCGGUCCUAGCGAUGCCGUUAAGUCGCUCAGAUUCGGUCUAAGAUAUACCGCGCCUCGUAGCGAUACAACUGACACGGCACACGGUGUCUCAGGCCCGAAGCUCAAUCGCUCUAAGCGGGUGCAAGAUCGGGUAGUAUCUAAAGGGGGACAGGUGCCUACACCCGUCAGCCCAACAACCCCAUACGCAAGUCGGAGGGGAAGUGACCAAAAUCACAUUAUAAAGUCUGACGAUGGAGCGGGAAAGGGCGACAAGCUAUUCCCACCUGGUACUACGCGUUCGAUACAGAUCACGGAGAAACCGAUUAGCAAAGAUUACCGCUCCUUUGCAGCGAACGUCUUCGGGACUGUUGCAUUCAAGAUGAUCGAGUGGUUAACGCCAAAUAAUAUGAGCGCCAUGGAAGCUACUUCAGAAAGAGUCGCGGCAGGAGGUAAUAGCUUGGACAUCCCGGAGGGUUCUCGGGUAAAUCCAACUCCAUCUAGUAGUCAGUACAACAUGAAUAGCCCCUUGUCUGCUCCGUCGAUACCCGAAUUAGGGGGUCAAGAUGUUGCUCACACUGGGCAUGAAUGGCACACUUCAUCAAAUCCCACAGCAAAGAAAGAGCCUAGCGAGUAUUGUCAGCGUGUUUAUACAGAACAACAAGGCCCGCCGUCACAUCAAAGGAGAAACUCCAAUGCACAAAUUCGCACUUCUUCUGUCUCCAAGCCGCAAACCAAGGUCGUACCUGAGCCCUUAGUCGAAUCUAUCACUGAUGAAAAAGGGCCUCUGUCGACUAAACCACAUCCUGCCCAAUCUGAGAAGGUUCCCAAAGGGCUUGUGCGGCCUCCAUCCAUCGCGAGAACUCCUUCUCAAGUGACGGAGAAUGACGUGCAUGCAAUAAGAGAGAGUGACAUUUUAGAGCCCCCGAUAUCUCAUGCUCCCACGAACGAGCAUUGUAUUCAGAUGGAUGGUGUGAAUGGGGAAGAAACUCCAAGCAGUACAGAGACUACACGAUCAUUAGAUAUUUUAGAUGAAGAACAACAACAUAUCCUGUCGAAUGGCGACAAUCUGGACUCACUGGACUCAACUUCUGAGCUAGAUAGCUACCUACCGCAAACCCUUUCACGCCUCAAUCUACAAGCUAUCAAUUUUAUAUGCGAUGUUUUGCAAGAGGAUGCUACCUCCGAAAGGCACCUCUUAGAACCAACAACUAUUAGUAGUUCUAUCAAGCGCACGUCAAGUCGGCUCAAGUCUUGGAAACGAAAAGGAAAGUCUCAGGCUCCUUAUCCUCAGGAUUUGAAAUUGCAGUGGAAACUAUUCGCCGAACAAAGCAUAUUCCAUGUUCUCAGCGAUCCACGAGCCUUGUUAGACUCUUUCACCAGUUCCAAUGGAAUGGUUGACUCACAGACACUAUGGUAUUGUAUGCUACGCUUGACAAGGGUGGCACCGAGUCUCGUGUUUGAUAGUCUCUGGAUUGCUCUCGCGAGUCUAUUCUCCCCUCCGAAGGCCCUACAAUUCACCAGGUCGCCGACUUCGAAAAUGUUCUCAGGGUCACAAAAGUCAUUCACAAAUGCGGAGGCUGCGUCACUCAUGUCUGUAUGCUUUCAUGCUCUGAUUGCUGCAGCUCCGUUGGUGACUGACACGAGACAACUUAAUGAAAUGUCUCGGACUAGAGCCCAUGGAUUGCCACUCGCUGGGGGUGGCGAAGCCGCCAGAGAGUCCAUUCCAUUGAGUUUGCAGUACGAAGAUGCUUUCACCGAUGACUUGGCUCUACGACUAGCACGGAGGCUGCUUCGGGUUAUUCCAACACGGCGAUACUUUGACGAGCUAAUUGAGCUUGACUUGCACUUGGAGGAUGAGGUUAAAGAGCCAGAUAUCUUAGAUAUACUCCUCUCACAUCUUGACUCCUCGACACAGUCAUCUCUGAACUUCUCUAAAGCUGAGCGAACUCUACAUGAAAAAAGGGUUCCAAUACUACUGUUGGAUUGGGCCAGAGCGGUAAUGCUUCAUGAGUGGGAAGAGAAACCUGACGUGCCUGGAGACGGCCCGUUUGGGGGAGCGCUCUCCCUAAUAGCGGCUAUGUAUCAAAAGCGUCAGUCUCUCCUUCUGGGUGACGCCCAUUUCCGUUCCGAGUAUUUCGGCGAGAGAUUGGACCCUAUCCAGAUGCCAGUUUCCUGGCUAUCAUUCACGGCAACGAGACAAAAAGUCCACCUCUUAGACUAUCCCUAUAUCUUCAACCCCGCCUCUUUAGUGUCGUACUUCCGGGCCAUCAACUUUUCACGGAUGAGUCGUUCGUACGAGGAAUCUAGCUCGCUACAAAGUCGAAUCAAUGCCAUCAUUGCCCCCGAGAGCCUUGUAACCGACCAGCACCAAAAGAAUCUCCUUCAAAAGCUGCUGAAGACCCCCUCGGCAAAAUAUUUGAUCCUGGAUAUCGGCCGGAAGAGCGUGUUAAGGGAUGCUUUAAAUCAACUCUGGCGUCGUGAGGAGCGUGAAUUACUGAGGCCAUUGAAGGUCCAUCUUGGUGAAGACACCGGGGAAGAAGGAUUCGACUCUGGAGGAGUACAACAGGAAUUCUUUCGUCUUGCUAUCGCCGAUGCCCUGAACCCGGAUUAUGGCGCCUUCACGAUUGACGACAGAACACGGAUGACAUGGUUCCAACCCAGCUCUAUACAACCAGAAUGGAAGUUCGAGCUUAUCGGCCUUUUAAUAUCACUCGCCGUGUACAACGGACUGACCCUGCCAAUCACCUUUCCCAAAGCACUCUAUCGAAAGCUAUUAGGCGAGCCUGUCACUGAGUUACAUCACAUCGCGGAUGGGUGGCCGGAUCUUGCCAGUGGACUGACCAAUCUUCUUGAAUGGAACGAGAAGGAUGGCUCAGUCGAAGACGUUUUUGUGCUCACUUACGAGUUCUCUACCUCCAUGUUCGGAAAACCCAUCUCCCGUGAAAUGCACCCUUCGCGGCAGACGUCCUGGCCACAAUUUUUCGAUCAACCAGAUGGCACCCCCCUCCCAGCAUCCAACCCCGAGGAUGCGCCGCUUGUUACCGGCGAUAACCGUAACGCCUAUGUCAGCGACUAUAUCCGCUACUUAACAGACGUUUCCGUGGCACCGCAGUUCGCUGCUUUGGCGCGGGGGUUCCGCGCGUGCCUACACCCUAAGUCGCUACAGCUACUAACGCCAUCACUCCUGCAGAACAUAGUAGAAGGCACGCAAGAGAUCGACGUGAGCGAACUACGACGCGCAGCGCGCUACGUGGGUUGGGACAGUUCUCAUCGGACGGUGCGUGACUUCUGGUCUAUCGUCAAACGAUACGAUGACCGCAUGCGCCGCAAGCUGCUCGAGUUUGUAACUGCCAGCGACCGCGUACCCAUCGGGGGCAUGGCCAACAUACAGUUCGUCGUGCAGAAAAACGGGGAACAAGACGGCGAGGCGGGACAUCUUCCGACGGCUUAUACGUGCUACGGCACGUUGCUCUUACCCGAAUACCGCGAUAAAGAUGUUCUAAGAGAGAGACUUGCUAUGGCGCUUGAAAAUGCGCAGGGAUUUGGGUUUGCGUGAUUCAUUCGAAAGCUAACAAUGAAAGAUAUGGGUUAGAUGGGGUGGUUGGGAAGGGGAAGGGAUAGUCUACAGCUGCAAAAAGAAAAUAAGUCAAGUCAAGUCAUCCUUAAGCCAUAAGACUUGUCGAUACGCCGUGCUAGUUAGUGGACGCAGAAAGGUUAGGGUGUUAGGUAGGGAGGCUCGGAGAAAAGGAAGGGGUGGGGGACAAAAGGAAACAAAAGGGGGGGCGGCUGUUUUUACAAAAUAACUAAUUAGGUGCCCUAGAUAUGUGUAUGCCUAUAUAUAUAUUAGGUGCCUAGCCUACCUACGAACGACCAUUGACCCUACUUUGUCUAUAGAAGGUAACCAACCUGUUUAGCUAGCGAACCCAGGUGGUUGUUAAGGGGCUAGAAAACAGAAAAGGGGGGGCAGAGAGAGCGUUGAACUCAAAAUAGAAGGAAGAGGGGGGGGAGGGGGGAGAACUUCCCAGAAAAAGAAAUCAUAAGCGUUGUUUACCUACCUUGUCCCUAUCUUCGAUGUCGUCGAAGCAUCGUGCAU